AUGUUGCAGGCCCGGCAGCACGGAGACGAGCUUUUUGUCGGGGUGCACAGCGACGAGGACAUUUUGGAGAACAAGGGGCCGGUUGUGAUGACGCUGAAGGAGCGUCUGGCCGCCGUGGACGGGUGCCGUUGGGCCACGCAGUCGGUGCCGGGUGCGCCGUACGUGACAGACCCGCAAGUUAUGGACUCGUACCGGUGCAAAUACGUGGUCCACGGCGACGACAUCACGACCGACGCGAACGGCGAGGACUGCUACAAGACGAUGAAGGAGCUGGGCCGGUUCAUUGUGGUGAAGCGCACGCCCAACAUCUCCACGACCGACCUGGUGGGCCGCAUGCUGCUGUACUCGAAGAACCACCAUCUGGCCCCGAUCAGCUCCCGUCACUGGGACGAGUACGCUGCGGGAGAGGCGUCGCACGAGCUGCUGUUGCCGGACGCCGUGCAGCGGUACCGGGCGUACGCCACGUGCGAGGACGGCAAGAACCCGGGCGUGGCCGUGUACGUGUAUACGGAGGACACCAGCAAGUUGCACGAGCUGGUGGAGCCAAGUGGUGGCCGGUUUGCGUCCAAAAACAUCUACUACAUCGACGGCGGGUUCGAUCUGUUCAACCCGGGCCACAUUGUUGCGCUCAAGACGCUGAAGGAGCGGGCUGUGCGUGAGAACGCGGUUGUUCUUGUUGGAGUCAACAGCGACGACGACGUGAACAGACACAAGGGCCUGAACUAUCCGAUCAUGAACCUGUUUGAGCGGUCGUUGUGUGUGCUGCAGAGCGCGUACAUCGACGGCAUUGUGCUUGGGGCGCCGUACAAGCCCACGGCGGCGUUUCUGGCCUCGUUCGACGUGCCCGUGGCCAAAGUUUUCCACGGCCCCACGUCCGAGCACGACGACCCGUACGACGACGUAAAGCAGCUGGGAUUGUACGAGAACCUGGGUCGCCACGAGUACGACCACAUCUCGACCGAGGACAUCGCGAGCCGCGUGCUGAAGAACAGAGCCGCGUACGAGGAAAGACAGCGACGCAAGGGCUGGAAGAGCGAGCACGAGCGCCAGCUGGAGCAGCAGGAAAAAAAAUAA